CACAUUGUACUCAUCACACAAAAACAGCAAAACACCGAUAUUUGUUUAAAAUUUACUAUUCAAAGCUUCAGACUUUAGCGUUUGACGUACCUAACGAUUAACUAUUUUUUUUGAGUUUAAGACUAUUUGGGUCUAUUUUUUUAAAAAAGGUCGAAGAGUGAGCGAGACUCAGUUUUUUAAAAUAGUACCUAUAAUUAUGUCUUUUGACACAUCUUGGGAUGUUGAUAAAUACAGAUCUGAACAUGAAUAUGAAGAUCAUUGGAAAUUUAGGCGUCAGUUUUUAGUUGCUCAUCAAGACAAAUUCCCUGAAGAUCGAUUAGUGUGUUUAGCCCAAGUGUUUUUUAAUGUUGAGUUUUUAGGAUGCCAGUACCCUAAAAAAGUCAUGGACCUUAUUGAAACACUAUCUGAAGGUUUAGCUGAUGACUUAAGAGAAAAACGUAAAGGAAAAUUACAAAGAACUUUUGUUGCAGCAUCAGAUGCUGCCGAAGCUAAAGCUAAACGCUAAAAUUAUCAUAACACUACAUAACAGAUCAAUAUCAACCAGAUAAAUUACAAAUUACAAACUAAUUAUUCACACAUUUAUAAUUACUGAACUAUUAAAAUUAUAAAACCAAUAGAUUUAAAAUAAUAUUUUUUAGUAUGCAUUACAUGCAUUAUGAUC